AUGACAGGUACACUUCAACCUGAUAUCAUACGUGACUCUACACAGAACCAGGCUAUUAAUCAGGAUAGUGAGGUUCUUGAUCUUAACUUAUACACAGCAAGAAAAGCGCAAGAAUUCAUCAAGACACAUCAGAAUAAGUGGGUUCAUGGAAUCAGAGUGCCAAGGUCAGUAUUCGAAUACGAGAAAAUAACACACCCAGAGAAGAGUUGGAAAUCUAGUGGUCAUAAUAUUAUAUUUGCACCUCGGGCGGUAUUAAAAGAGGCACCACAAGCAGCAUUUGUGCCUGUAAAGCAAGACACUUCUUCGUCAGAAGGCGAUUCUAGUGAUUCAUUUAAGGCUCAAGCAAGGGCUUCAAUCGUUAAAAGAUUCCAUAAUUCAUCAAUUGUACGAAAGGAUGAGGGCCAAAGUUCAUUCUCAGGUUACUUCUCCGUGCCGAAUACCAUGUUGAAUAGUCCACAUUUAAACCCUUACUACCACUCACUGACCUUUGCUGAGGUCCCUAAGCUAUGCUACCAAAACCACUAUAGUUUAAAGGACAGAACUUACACUUUUGGUGGACUCCAAAUAAAUAGUAAAAGUGACCUCAGUUACUUGGGCAUUCCAAAAGAUGUUCCAGCCGAAAAAAUUUCAGUGAAUCUCCCCGAUGAUCUUCCUCCUCAUUUCAACAGGGAGAUUUUAAGUAAUCCCUUGAUGACUCAAAAUGUACACUUGAUUAUGUUGAAUCAGACGAGAAACACAUUGACAAGUUUGGAUGUGAGGUACUUUCCAUGGCAUCUAAAUUCUUUAGUCAGUUGUGAAAUAUCUGAUAGACACAUCUUCUUUUACGGUGGGUUUCUGAUGAACACUGAAGCUGUGACUUAUGAUCGCGAGAUAGAUCGCUGGAUAAUCGAAAAAAGAAUACAUUUGAAUGAAGAUGGCUACAUUCUUGAUACAACGUCAUUAAGAUUUACGAAGGUUCAGUUGAAGGCAAGAGAUGAUCAAAAGAUUAAUAUUGGUAGGUUGGGAAGUGCUGUGACGUCCAAUAUUUAUCAAUUUCGAGGAAACAAUAACGUUCCUAGUAGGGUACCUCUGCCUCCAAUUUUCACUGAUCAUAGUAGCCAAAAGUCGCCUUCAGAGAGUCCCAUAAUCAGUCCUUUGAAUGCUUCUGUUCCUAAAACGGACACAUUCAAGCUCCCAGAAGCUCAGACAAGCUCGGCAUCAAUCAGCAGCUCGUCAGACACAUCGCUGUUUACGGGAGUUUUUACAAAUUCUAAUUCUGCUUCUAAUUCUGUUUCUAAUUCUAAGACUACCAGUCAGACGACUCCUCGACAAAUCAGCAAAGUGGUCACUUCAGCUAAAAGCCAUACAACGUCAGAGCCAACGAAAUCACCGACUCUCAAUGCAUCGAAAGUGGGACAAGUAAUUUCUAAAUCAUCUAGAAUAUUUCAUAGACCACAUCAAAGGCAACACAGCUCAACAAUGAGCAAAACAAACGAUACUGAAUUCAAAAACUCUUAUUCAAAUCAAGUCAGACAGCACAGAUCAAAUUCAUUACAUCAACAAGCUGUGAACAGACCAGUAUCACCACUUAACUCUUUGGGUAACAACACAAGUCAAAGCACACCGGAAGGUGAAACUAAGUCUUCGUAUAAGCACACCCCUCUACCUACUCCUACUGAUUCAAUAGAUUGUCGAAAUCUAGAUGCAGAGUUUUCAAAUGAUGGGUAUAAAGGUGAAGCUCCCACAGAACAAUCAAAGACUCAAUCUGAGAAUUUCAUUUUCAACAGCUCUCCAGUUGCAGUUUCAAUAUUUGUUUUCGGAGGUUUUAUUUGUCAGAAGAAUGAAGAAGGAAACAAAAAGUUCGUUGGCUCUCUGGAUUUAUUGAAAAUCGAUAUCAACGUUAAAGAUAGGUAUUCAAGCGUGGUUCAUUUUGAACCUGAGGGUUCAGUUUCAUUGAUAGACCAUAAUAAAGAUCUCCUUUCUUCGAAAGGUACGAGCGAAUGGCCGUCACCACGAGGCUAUUUUGCAUUUUCUUUGAUAGACUACAAUCAGACUUUAGUAGACAGAUGUGAGAGAACAAUAAUAAAUGACGUCGAUUCCGAACAUCCAACGUCGCCUGUUAGUAAUACGUCAGGCAAUUCUUUCUAUGGUAGCAUUGGUACCGAAUUAGAAACGCAAGAAGUCCCUGAGGAAUUUUUUAAUGGAAAGGCAUUAUUAAUUCAAGGUGGUAUUAACGAAAAAUCAGAGACGUUCAGCGACUUUUAUUUGUUCGUGUUCGAUACAGAGAGGUGGCAUAAACUUUCUACUUAUGCCUAUGAUUAUUUUGACUCCCAUAUUGAUCCCUAUGAAGACGAGGAUUUAUCUCUUUUGGAAAAACAAGAAGAAGUGAAGGAUCCAAAACUAGCGGAUGCUGAAUUAAGAGCAUGUUACCACACUUCUAUGUACUAUAAAAAUGACCAGAAACACUACGUUUUCUUCUUUGGAGGAUUUGGUAACGAUUAUUUGAGAUUCUUUGAUAAGACUCCAUAUUCAAGUGAUAAACUAGACAUUACCAGAUUCGCCCGAUUCCAAUUUGCAACUACGAAUAACCAUGUAAAUAGGAUUGCCGUCUUGAAUCUACAAACGCAAACUUGGAGAUUUCUCAAAUACUUCUUUAACGUGAGCCAUAUCUUGAGUGAUGAGUUCGUCAAUAGGCUUGUGACUCAGCCCUAUUGGACAAAUACCAGGAUUAGCAAUUAUGCGGGAUGCAUUUCUUUGAAUGGUAAGACUAUUACUGUUAGUCAUGGUCUAGUCGCUCCUGUUCCAGAAAAGAGGGAAGAUAGAGAAAAAUUACUAAAAGAAACCCAAGAUGGAAGUCUUCUAUGGGGUGUUCGUGUUCACUUUACCUUCCCUGGACUAUAA